GGAAACCUCAUGGCCAAGUUGUAGAAAAAAAAUAGCUGAAGUGUGCCUAUCUUGGAGCGGAGCCCCUCCCUUCUGCUGGCCGCGCGGAGUGGGAGCCCCAGGUGCAACCGAGAAGCCGAGUUCACGGUUCAGGAGCUGGUAACCCUUUCCUGCCCCCCAUCCCCCUACCGCAGUGAGCCCCACCGCGUUCUCCCCGCCGCCGCGUGGCGAUGAGCAGCCCGGUCAGCACGCCGCCUCCCGAGCGCCUUGAGCCUAACCCAGGGAUGUCCUAUGGCGUUAUGGAGAUUGCCAUCAUUGCAGCUGUGAUCACUGCUGUGGCCUUGGUCCUGGUCUGCCUCCUCUUUCUCAUGCUUCGCUACCUGUACAGGCACAAGGGCACCUAUCAUACCAAUGAGGCCAAAGGCACAGAGUUUGCAGAGAGUGCCGAUGCAGCCCUGCAAAGUGACCCUGCCCUCCAGGAUGCUGGGGACACCAGCAAGAAGGAAUACUUUAUCUGAGGUGUAACAAACUUGACAACCCUGCGAGAUGCUUCUGGCUGCAGGAAAGUACCCCCGAUGUGUGCCACCAUUAUCAGCACCAGGAAGCCCUCAAGGGCACCCCAAGACUCUUACUUCAGAACACUGGGUGCCUGCCAGGGAAUCAAUACAGAUGGGAGGAAUCAAGGCACAGAGUAACUCUUCCAGGGACUCAGUGGCCACCCAAUGGCGUUGGCUCUGCAAGGAAGACAGAACAUCUGGAUACACAAGUCUCCCCGGGCAAUGCAGGUGUCAUCACUGGCAUGAAAGUUCUCCUCAAUGUUCAUGAGGAGGUUUGGACCUGGGAAUGAGAUGUGUGAAGUGGAGCAUCUAUAAGUUGCCUGGAGAUAAAUGCAUCAAGUGUCAAUCAUUGGCAUUUGGGAAGGCCAGCAGGUGCCAGAGCUAAAAGGCACCUUUGUCUCCCAUCAAUGCAGCUCAAGAUGAUUACAAAUAAGUUUAAGAUGUAACUGAAAAUUCUGUAUCAAAUGGCACAGUGUCUGGGAAAUGUAAAUGCUACCCAUUGCUGGCUUUUAUCUGGUGUAACAUUGUGUCUGUGUGCACAGGCCAAGGAUUGUCUGAAUUCUGUCAAAAGAAGAGAGGGAAGGGUGCCCUUUCCCCUCACCAGUACCAGCUACAGGAAACAAAUGGACAGAGGAUACAGAGUAACCAGGCUACUAGCUGAAGCACUAAUUUCUUGAUAAACAAUUUUUUAAAAGAGUUUUCAGCAACCACGAGUGACCUCCAUCAUGCCAGAGUCCCAGUGAAGAUGCCUCUGUGUUAGAAGAGACUGCAGAUCCUCCAGGCCUGGCUUGACUCCUAGCUCCUCUCUAUUGGUCUAAGGACCUUAAGCCAUGUGUUUGACCUCUCCAGCUUUAAUGUUGCCUUUUUAUUUUUCAAGAGGAAAUGAUGUUAAAUUGUGUUACCUCUGGUUCCUAACUCCCAGCUUUGUGGGCAGGAACAGAAGCAUCAGAUGCUAGGCAUUCACUGUAUUCCAGUGUCACUGACACACGGAUACAUGGCUUGCUUAUGUUGGCCAAUAAGAAUUCGUCUUUGUACCACCUCUGAAAGCCUUCCGAGAAGUCACUAACUUAAAAUUAAUAACAGGCAGAAAAUGAACUAAUUAGCCAACCCCUCCCAGGUAAGAUCACCAGCGGUUCUGCAGUCUCUCUAAGGCCAGCAUUGCUGCAUUUAAAGACCACCCUUCAGGAGCCCCCUCAGCUGUGCUAUCCCCACCUACUAGCCAGAAACAAAAGCCAUAUCAUGAUCCCUGAGAGACUAAUGAGGAUACAAGCUUAGUCAAGUAUGGCCACCAGCCAAAGGAGCUUCGGUUCCUCAGAAUGUUGUGGGGAAGAGAAGCAGCGAUUCGGUUAUAACAAGGUGUUAUAAUGGUCAAGGACCAGAUGACCCCAGAUCAGAAGAUGUCUAUGUUCUGAUCUAUGAAUUAAAAGUCUGACUACAGUUGACACCCAUUGAUCUAGAGAGACCUUAUUUGAAACCCUAAUGGAUGCUUGAAACCCAAGGCAGUAUUAAACCCCCUUGUAUUUGGCUUUUCAGCACAUACUUAUGUUAAGAUUUAAUUUAUAAAUUAGGCACAGUAAGAAAUUAACUGCAGCAACUAACAGCACAAUGGUAUAAUUAGAACUAUAAGCUGUAAUAAAAGAUUGUUUAAAACUAUGAA